AUGGAAGGGAAAAUGGGUGAGUUGCCUUUAGAUAUCAACAUCCAGGAACCUCGCUGGGAUCAAGGCACUUUCCUGGGCAGAGCCCGGCACUUCUUCACUGUCACUGACCCCCGGAAUCUGCUGCUGUCUGGGGCACAGCUGGAAGCUGCCCGGAACAUCGUGCAGAACUACAGGGCCGGCGUGGUGACUCCAGGCCUCACCGAAGACCAGCUGUGGAGGGCCAAGUAUGUGUACGACUCUGCCUUCCAUCCCGACACGGGGGAGAAGGUGGUCCUGAUUGGCCGCAUGUCAGCCCAGGUACCCAUGAACAUGACCAUCACCGGCUGCAUGCUCACCUUCUAUAGGAAGACCCCCACUGUGGUGUUCUGGCAGUGGGUGAACCAGUCCUUCAACGCCAUCGUCAACUACUCCAACCGCAGUGGCGAUGCUCCCAUCACUGCGCGGCAGCUGGGAACAGCUUACGUGAGCGCCACCACCGGGGCUGUAGUCACGGCCCUGGGACUCAAAUCCCUCACCAAGCACCUGCCCCCCCUGAUUGGCAGAUUUGUGCCCUUUGCAGCUGUGGCAGCUGCAAAUUGCAUCAACAUCCCUCUGAUGAGGCAGAGGGAGCUGCAGGUGGGCAUCCCCGUGACUGAUGAGGCGGGCAAGAAGCUCGGCCAUUCAGCGACUGCGGCCAAACAGGGAAUAUUCCAGGUGGUGAUAUCGAGAAUCGGCAUGGCGAUUCCUGCCAUGGCCAUCCCCCCCGUGAUCAUGGACACUCUGGAGAAGAAAGACUUCCUGAAGCGCCGCCCCUGGCUGGGGGCGCCCCUGCAGGUGGGACUGGUGGGCUUCUGCCUGGUAUUUGCCACCCCCCUGUGCUGUGCCCUGUUCCCCCAGAGAAGCUCCAUACACGUGAGCAGGCUGGAGCCAGAGCUGAGAGCUCAGAUCCAUCAGCAAAACCCCAGCAUCGAAGUGGUCUACUACAACAAGGGGCUCUGA